CUGGCAAGGCUUGAUGAGGUGUGUGUUUUUGCACGCUGCUCUCCCACGCACACGCGUAACAAUCGUUGCCAGUGACCAUUGCAAAAGACUCACACCAGUAGUGCUGCUGCACGAUGCGAAUUUGUGCAAUCCUCAUCGCUCACGUCGCGACAACACAUGCAUUGCAUGCUGUCACAGUCACACCUCGAAGGCACGGCGUCGUCUGCCAUGGCAAGAAGACGAACGCCCUCCUGGGCGCUUUGAGAAGGGUGCCGCUCGUGAAGCGCGUCGUCCCACAAAAGAAACACGCGCCGCGGACGCCGCCGCCGCCGGAGACGUCGGUCGAGGCGGCCCCCGAGAUCGCCGAGUUGAUUGAUGCCGAGGCCGACGAGGCCGCGAAGGUCCUCGAGGCGGUCGUCCAGCAGGUCGUCGAGCGCGGCGUCGCCGUGCCGUACGAGACCGUCGAGAAGCCGGAGGAACCGAAGCCCGAGCCAGCACCGGAGGAGAGCCAGAUCGAGAGGUUUGAUCGGCUCCACGCCUCGCCGCUGGACCGCACCGACGAGCUUCUCAAGGGAUUGAGGGACGCGUCGCGCGACUCGAACGCGGUGGAUGUCGACGUCGAGUGGCGGUAUGCGCGCGCCUGCUUAGAUGCCGCAAAUGCUUUACCAGAGAAGGAUCCCAAGAGGGAGGGCCUGACCUUCGAGGGCUUGCGGGCGGCGGAGCGCGCGGCGGCGCUCGCGCCGGACAAUGGCCUGGCGCAGAAGUGGCUCGGCGUCAUGCUCGGGUCUGUCGGCGACUUCCAGACGACGAAGGAAAAGAUCCAGAACUCGUACAAAGUGCGGGAGGCGCUCGACGCCGCAUACAAACUGCGACCGGACGACGCGACGGUCGCGCUGGCCCUGGGCCAGUGGUGUUUGAAAGUCGCGGGCGUGUCGUUCGUGGAGCGAGGUUUGGCCCGAGCGAUCUUCGGCGGGUCGCCGCCGGAGUCGACGUACGCCGAAGCGCUCAAGUUCUUCCGGAAAGCUCAGGAGCUCAAGCCGGCGUCGAAGACGAAGGCUCUCAUCAAGCUCGUCGAGGGCAAGAUGAGGAAUGGCGGGAAGUAGUUUGUAAACUUAAAAUGUAACAUCUCAC